GCGGUCGGUGCCCAUGGCCCUAAGAAACAGAUGCGUGGUUUCGGUGCGCCAUAUGACGGGUUCGGGUUUGUUGUCUAUCUAUAUAAAGGUGAAGACUGUCAUUGUAAAACUGCUCAGUACCGACUUCUCCAGGCCAGCGCAUCUAGUGGAAGUGCUCCCCUCAUCCUGUUUAUACACGGAUUCUAAAUGGCUACCGGUCCAACCGGUCCCACUGGUUCGACUGGGCCUACUGGCCCAACCGGACCUACAGGUCCCACAGGAUCUACUGGGCCUACUGGUCCUACUGGGCUAACUGGGCCUACCGGUCCUACUGGGCCAACUGGACCAACUGGACCUACUGGUCUUACUGGGUCAACUGGACCAACUGGGCUAACAGGAGCAACUGGUCCUACCGGGGCAACUGGAGCCACAGGACCAUCUGGGGCGACAGGGGCUACCGGUGUCACAGGCGUCACAGGAUCUACAGGGCUACAGGGGCCAGCCGGGGAUGAUGCGGAGAUAUUUGACGGUGAUAUACUGCCCUUGAUAGGUCUCGUGCUUGGUGGAUUACUACUUUACUCAUUCUUUCAGGGAGGCGGCAGUCAAAUAGCAAGUCACGCACCAAUCCUCAAUGGUGGUAUCCAGGAAAUAGGAGUUGCCCCGCAAAUAAGUAACUCUUAUUCCUACGCACCCUACAAUGUUGGAUACAAAUAUGGUAUUCCAACAACUAGCUACAACUACGGGCUGUCGAACACUGGCUACAACUACGGGCUGUCGAACACUGGCUACAAUUAUGGACUGACGAACACCGGCUACAACUAUGGACUUGUGAACCCGAGCUACACACACGAAACGACCACAUAUGUUGGUUGACUUGACCGACCAGCUAAAGAAAUAACAUUGGACUGGCCAGUACAGUGCUUUAUCAAAAUGUCUCGCUAAUAAAGACCUGACAUAACAAAAAGAUCAAUAAAGUACUGAAA